AUGCGGAUCGGCCUCACACCCAGUGACCAGAUUGCACUCUCCCUGCGCUGUGAUGAACAAGAGACAGCCGAUCGAUCCUGGCUCGAAGAUCAAGCUGAACAAGGCACUGCUGCUGCAUCAUAUCUCUUGGCUCGGGUGUUGCAAUCUGAGAUCGGUGAGCAGCGAUAUCCGACUUGGUUUGAGCUGGAUCCCACCCCGCCGCGAAUCUUCCACCAUUUGGAGAAGGCAACGCAAGCUGAUCAUUCCGUGGCUCAGUUCUAUCUGGCUGGACGUUAUCGCAAUGGACUCGGUGUCAACCAAGAUCGCCCCAAGGCUGUCGAACUGUAUCGAGAGCUUGCAGAACGUGGAAUACCUCCGGCCCAAGUUGUCCUUGGCAGUUGCUACGAAAGUGGCGAAGGUGUCGAUCAAGACUUUGACGCAGCCAUUGAGUGGUACACCAAGGCUACAAAUCAAGGCAGCGAAGAUGGUCGGCUCCAUAUCGUGCAUCUCAUGGCCGUAUGUCUGGUCAAUGGAUUCGGAACCACCCCAGACUGGGAAAAAGCCGCUGGCAUCUUUGAGCAACUCGCAAACGAAGGCCACAGCGACAGUCAGUUGUGGAUUGGAGAUUGCUAUCGAUGCGACAAGGGAGUAUCGAUGGACGAGCCGAAGGCAUUCGAGUGGUUCAGCAAGUCCGCCGACCAAGGCAACUCAUACGGACAGUGGAUGGUUGGUUCGUGCUACUUGAAUGAAUGGGGAGUCAUCCGUGACUACUCCAAGGCAGUCGAAUGGAAUCGCAAGUCGGCUGAACUGGGCAAUCGAUACGCACAAGGUGAUCUCGGCUAUUGCUACCAAUAUGGCCGUGGUGUCCCGCAGGACAUCGACAGUGCCGUCUUCUGGUAUCGCAAGUCCGCCAACCAGGGUUUUGAAUAUACCAUCGACAAACUCAAGUCUCUGGGAGGAUGGCCUUGA